AUGAAGCUCUCAACUCUCACCACAACACUGGCGAUAAGCGCCGCAUCAGCAUCAACAUCUGUAGCCGCCAAAUUCAUCAACUACACCACCGUCCCGGGCUACUUCAUCCAAGAUGACCCUUCCACCGACCCCUCUACGUUCGACUACACAUCCCACAACUUCGGCCUCCUCGACCGCCCCUAUGACGCCGACACCAUGUUCCAUUCUUCAAAAACGCAAAACCAAACCCAGUGGCAGCGCUUCCACGCUCAACUCCAGUACCUAAACGCUCAGGCCCCCGCACAUGUGCAAUAUAAGCUUCUCUUUCUCGGCCGACACGGCCAGGGCUGGCAUAACGCCGCAGAGGACUACUACGGCACGCCUGCUUGGAAUUGCUACUGGUCCCUUCUCCGCGGCAACGGCACGAACACCUGGUUCGACGCGGACCUCACACCGACGGGGAUCGCACAAGCCCAGGUUGCACGGGACUACUGGCUUGCACAGUACAAAGAGCAGAAAAUCCACUUCCCAGAUGUGUAUUAUAGCAGUCCAAUGACGCGCGCGCUGAAGACAGCAAACAUCACAUUCGGUGCGCUGCAAUUGUCACAGAUUCAUGCAACGCCAUUCGUGCCUACUGUGAAAGAGGGAUUCCGCGAGGGUAUCAGUAUGCAUACGUGCGAUGAGCGGCGGACGAAGACAUAUAUCCAGGACUUGUUCCCCAACUGGGUGAUUGAGGAAGGAUUCACCGAGGAAGAUGAGCUGUGGAGUGGGGUGGAAGCGGAGAGCAGCGAGGCGCAGGAUCUGAGGAGUCGAAGGGCGUUGAAUGAUGUUUUCUUUCCCGAUGACUCCUUGCUUACGCACUCAAAGGGGAAGAGGACGUCAAAAACAAGUGGUGUCUGUAACGCGCCGUCACCCUCUCCAGUGCAAGAGGGCCCCGGAAAUGGAAACGGCAAGACCUCAGACCUGGUGGUCUCAAUAACUGCACAUUCGGGUGAGAUUAGCUCCAUCCUCCGCGUGAUAAAGCACCAGGCCUUUAAGCUGAGCACUGGCGCUGUGAUCCCCGUGUUAGUUCGGGGUGAGAGAAUCGACGAGCCGCAGCCGACAACCACAGUCGCGUGGACGGCGAGUCCUUACUGCACAGCACCUCCGGUCACUUCAACGGCUUCGGGCUGUGUGUGUGAGAGCUCAGCAGCACCGGUGACGACAGGGUAUCCGGCUCUGUCGCUGGAAACGCCGUAUUAA